UUUUAGGAGAACGUAGUUCGGUCUACUUGUGAGUUGCAAAUGGUGGACGGCCUGUCAUAGUUGGUUGCGUUAACAUCAGGUAAAAAAAUGUAUAAGGCAAGGACAGUGUUUAGUACACUAGCCCCCUUGGCACCACGCAUGUGUGGGCCAGAAAGGUUUGCAUCAUGGUUGGUACGAAGCCAUCCCCUGACCAGGACCACACAGGUAACAGUGAACGAACCAAUCAGGAAGUACAACAGCAGGGCAGCCACAGAACCUUUCUUAAAUGGCACCACAAGUUCUUAUGUAGAAGAUAUGUACAAUGCGUGGUUGCAAGAUCCCCAUAGUGUACACGUGUCCUGGGAUGCAUUUUUCCGUAAUAGCACUGCUGGAGUUGCCCCAGGUCUUGCUUACCAGGCUCCACCAUCUCUUGCUCCAAGUCAUAAUCAAAUUCCCUUAGGAGCAUUAUUACCUCUAGGUGGUGGGUCCCAGUUGAGUCAAGUACCUGUUAACGAAAAAAUAAUUGAUGAUCACCUGGCUGUACAAGCUAUUAUUCGAUCCUAUCAGAUCCGUGGCCACCAUAUCGCUAAAUUGGAUCCACUCGGCAUCAACAGCGCUGAUCUUGAUGAUAGACACCCACAAGAGUUGCUCUAUAAUUAUUAUUCAUUCGGGAAGAGAGCUCGUACUACUUACUCUCAGGAACUACAAUACCGAGUAGCUGCACUUAUGAAAAAGGAGUCGGACAUGGAUCGCAUUUUCAAGCUGCCAUCCACAACCUUUAUCGGCGGCAAAGAUAAAUCAUUGCCACUCCGUGAGAUCUUGAGUAGGCUGGAAAAUGCAUACUGUGGUCAUAUCGGUGUUGAGUUCAUGUUCAUCAACUCCCUUGAGCAAUGCAACUGGAUCCGCCAGAAAAUGGAGACACCAGGCAUUAUGGAGAUGACCAACGACGAGAGAAGACUCAUCUUGGCCAGACUAACUCGUGCCACAGGAUUCGAGGCGUUCCUUGCCCGCAAGUGGUCAUCAGAGAAACGGUUUGGACUGGAAGGCUGUGAAAUUCUGAUCCCUGCUAUGAAGCAAGUGAUCGACAAGUCUACUGAGUUGGGUGUGGAAUCCAUUGUAAUGGGCAUGCCACAUCGUGGUCGCUUGAAUGUCCUUGCUAAUGUUUGUCGCAAACCACUGAGUCAAAUAUUCACGCAAUUUGCUGCCCUGGAGGCAGCAGACGAUGGCUCUGGUGAUGUGAAAUACCACUUGGGGACAUACAUCGAGCGUCUGAAUCGCGUAACAAACAAAAAUAUCCGCUUGGCUGUGGUCGCCAAUCCUUCUCAUCUGGAGGCUGUCGACCCUAUAGUGCAAGGAAAGACCCGCGCUGAACAGUUUUACCGAGGUGAUGGCGAAGGCAAGAAGGUCAUGUCCAUUUUGUUACACGGUGACGCUGCAUUCUGCGGACAAGGAAUUGUCUUCGAGACAAUGCACUUGUCCGAUUUGCCUGACUAUACCACCCACGGUACGAUCCACAUCGUUGUCAACAACCAAAUUGGAUUUACCACCGAUCCCAGGCACUCACGGUCGUCGCCGUACUGUACUGACGUUGCAAGAGUAGUGAAUGCUCCCAUUUUCCACGUUAAUUCCGACGAUCCGGAGGCUGUGAUGCACGUCUGCAAGGUCGCCGCUGAGUGGAGGGCAACUUUCCACAAGGACGUUGUCAUUGACAUCGUAUCCUACAGGCGAAAUGGUCACAAUGAAAUUGAUGAACCGAUGUUCACGCAACCACUUAUGUAUCGCAAAAUUAAGAGUACCCCACCAGCUUUAGAUAAGUACGCUAAAUCGCUGAUCAGUGAUGGUGUUGUUACCGAGGAAGAAGUAAAGGAUGUUAAAGAUAAGUACGAGAAGAUCUGCGAAGAAGCGUACACUAAUGCCAGACAGGAGACGCAUAUCAAGUAUAAGGACUGGUUGGACUCUCCGUGGUCUGGUUUCUUCGAAGGCAAGGACCCGUUAAAAGCAUCUCCCACCGGAAUCAAAGAGGACACUUUGGUUCACAUUGGCAAGAAAUUCUCUUUGCCGCCUCCAAAUGCUGCUGAAUUUGUUAUUCAUAAAGGUAUUGAACGUAUUCUGAGGGCACGUUUGGAGAUGGUUGAGGCGCGAACUGUUGACUGGGCUCUUGGAGAGGCUAUGGCCUUUGGAUCCCUCCUGAAAGAAGGUAUCCACGUUAGACUGUCGGGACAGGACGUGGAGAGAGGAACUUUCUCACACAGACAUCACGUGCUUCAUCACCAAUCUGUGGACAAGGCUACUUACAGACCAUUGUGCUACCUUUACCCCGAUCAGGCCCCGUACACUGUCUGCAACAGCUCGUUGUCUGAAUUCGGUGUGCUUGGAUUCGAAUUAGGGUACUCCAUGACGAACCCUAACGCGUUGGUAUGUUGGGAGGCACAAUUCGGUGACUUCAACAACACGGCACAGUGCAUAAUCGAUCAAUUCAUCAGUAGUGGUCAAGCGAAAUGGGUCCGUCAAUCUGGUCUUGUUAUGCUCCAGCCUCAUGGGCUUGAAGGAAUGGGUCCAGAACAUUCGAGUGCUCGGUUGGAACGCUUCCUCCAAAUGUCCGCGGACGACCCAGACUAUUUCCCACCGGAAAGUGAAGAGUUUGCAGUUCGCCAGUUACACGACAGCAACUGGAUCGUUGCCAAUUGCAGUACACCAGCGAACUACUUCCACAUUCUGAGAAGACAGAUCGCGUUGCCGUUCAGGAAACCGUUGAUCCUGAUGACACCGAAGUCAUUGCUUCGUCAUCCAGAGGCCAAAUCCAGCUUCGACUUGAUGACUGAAAACACAGAGUUCCUCAGACUGAUACCUGAAGAAGGUCCGGCAGCUCAAAAUCCCAAUAGUGUUAAGAGAGUAAUAUUCUGCUCUGGCAAGGUCUAUUAUGACUUGAAGAAAGCACGUGCAGAGAAGAAACUCGAAGACAAAGUCGCUAUCGCAAGAGUUGAACAGAUCUCACCUUUCCCGUACGAUCUGGUGAAAAAGGAGGCUGCUAAGUAUGCCAAUGCAGAACUGAUUUGGUCUCAGGAAGAACACAAGAACCAGGGUGGAUGGACGUAUGUCCAACCCAGAUUCCAUACAGCUUUGAACGGAACUCGUUCUGUAACCACUGGAAGUGCACCGGUCAAGAGUGACGGUAGCGGAGGGUGGUUUAGUGGUUGGUUUUCGUCAGCUAAACCAACAACAACGAGUACACCCGAGCCACAGUCAGUAAAAUCUGAUAAACCCGAACAGAGAACAGUGAGAUACGUUGGUCGCCCGACAGGAGCUUCACCAGCGACAGGAAGCAAAAUGCAGCACCUAAAGGAGUUGAAACAAAUGCUGGACGACUCUUUCGAUGUCUAAAUACCCUUCGUAGCACGAUGUAGAACACACAUUUUAUUUAUUUUCCUACAUUACAUAUUUGUUCUAUUUCCUUUUGUCCUGCUCUACAUACACCGUCGCAGAGACUAUCGUAGCUUGAAUAUUUUCUCCAUUAAUGUAUUAUUUAUAGAAUUAACAUCGGCGCGAAUUUUUCCUCGAUGACGAUUCGUAAUUAGGCUUCUUUACAAAACUGUACCUACGUUGUUGCAAUGAGUGAUUCAUGUAAAUGUAUGCAUUUCGUUCUCGUUAAAUGUUUGAAUGUGGUUCUGUACAUUUUUCUUUUUUAAGACACGUGACAUAUUUAUAUUAGUAUGCGAGUUGAGUGCUGAGCCAGGUGUAUGUCUGAGUCUGCAGAGGUCUUUUGUUAUGCAAACAUGUAUCGACAGUCAAAGCAAAUUACAUUGAUACGAAAAAUUGACCGCCAUGUUUUGCUCAUUGUUAAUGAUCUGUUCGACACGAUUCAUAAAUGGAAAAAAAACAAUCAUUCGCAUCGGUCGGAAAUGUUCGCGCAUUGUCUUGUAUUUUAUUUUGUUAAUACGUCGAUAAAAAAGUAACGAUUAAUAUACAGGAGAGCGAAUAAGAAGAAAGUAUUAUUUUUAAUUUAUACAAAACGACUUUACGCGGAGCGUAAAUGUUUUACCACGACUAGAAUAUUGCGAAUUGCGGAGACCUUGGUGAAACUUUUCGAGGUUUCUGUGCCGGGUACAUACGGCGACAUUUUUUUUCUCACGAUUUAAUUAACGCCGUCGCGAUAGACAGCCAAUCGAUUUAAUUUUUUAGCCUCGCUCUAUUUUUCAAUAAAAAAUUAAAUCAUUGGUUGGAAGCUAGACUCAUUGAAAGAGAUCGCGUUCGCUGCGUUAGUCUGGAUUACGUAACGCUCAGUUCGAUUCGGGCUCCCACUAAUUAAUAAAAGUUAGUGGGAGGUGAGAAGAUAACAAGUUGCGUGAACGUGGUCGAGGCGCAACGUUGCCCUUCGAAAAGUUUCAACAAUCUCUCCGUUCUGUGGCGGACGGCGACAGUAGGUGACAAAUUGCUAGCGUGUAGCGAUUAUCUAGACUAAUUUAAAUGUAAUUAUAAUACCUGAUGCCAACGGCACUCGCUGGUUGGUUGCUGCAUUGUCUGCGAAGGCACACAGUAUUUAUAUUCUUCUACGUACGAAUCGUUUGAACGGUGAAUUUUGUGAUUGGAAUAUCUGUCGUACCGUGUUAUGUUGAUUGGAAAAUAUUGUAUCGACACUAAACCUUACUAAUGAAGGAACCUGCUUGAAGUCCAGAAAAUUUUCUCAACGUACCCGCGAGAGGCAUGCGCAACGAUAGUAUUGCGAUACUGAAACCUGCUAGGAUAUCCAUAGAUGCAAUGUGGUCCAAUGACAACGACGGUAUUGUUAUUCCACUUGUCAUUAGUUUUUGUUAUUAUAUGCAUAAUAACGAUGAGUCGGAUUGUGUAUAAUUCAGGAAUAAAGAUUAGGUUGAAGUCGCUGCCGGAACAACCAAUACCCGGAUUUUUAUUUUACCGUGAGCGCUUCGACAUCACGAAAUUGUAGAGCCUUUUUAAUGAAUUAAAUUGUGUUAACUAUU